UAGAGGUUAAUUCUGGUUCAUUAUAUUAUUGUGCAUUAGAGAAGAGCUAUCCUCCAUUAUUCCGGAAAGGCUAUUCCAAUAUGGGUAGUAUAUUUUUGGCGCAGCAAUACGAGUGAUGAACGAUGAUUCAACCAGAUAAACCAUUCAUGUCAUCAUUAUUGACGUAGUAGAGUAGGCUGAGUGUAUAGCUUACGUAUCUAUUAGGUGUCAUGCCUUUCCCCUCUCUCCGCAUCUCUCUUCUUCCAACUUCUCCCCCCCCUCUCCGGUACUCCCUUACUAUACUACCGGUAUUCUUUACCCGUUUCUUUUUCUCGUCUUUCGGUUCCAAUUUCUCUCUUUUUAUCCUGAUCUGACAUCAGAGCCUUUAACACACCUAUUGUGAGUAUGUGGAGUGGCGGUUUUAGCACGGGCAUGCAAGCAAUAGGGGGGAUUGAGGUUGGGGGGGAUGAGAGUUACGGUGGUUUCGGCUUCUCCUCACCCGGCAGAAUUUACCAUAACCAUUAUGCACCUAAAGCUGUUAGUAACAGGGGAUCUCCGCGGAAAUCCCCCGGAAAGAGAGCUGCCUCUCAAGCCUACCCCCCCAGCCCUCAUAUCCUAAAACUUCAAGUUUCCAUCCGACAGAACCACGGUCGAAUACCUCCCACGAUAUCCUCGCCGGUUCAAAUGCACAACCAACUUCGUCAAUUGUUCCAGGAACAAUCAGGCAGUGUGCGAGUGGAAAAACUGCCGGAUGGAUUGAAAAGCCUGAGUCCGGGAGAGAUAUUCAAACUUGAUGCCAUUCAGGAAGGGCAGCUGAAAGUUGAUGGUGUAUCCCCAGAAGAUAUAGGAAGGUGGGAGAUCGAGUACCCAGGAGUUAUCGAAAACAAGAAUAUUCAGUACGAAUACAAUUCUCUUAAUGGACGAUUCGUUAUUCGGUGCUCCACCACACCCACGCAUGAGGCCCUUGCCCAGUUCUUUACUGAAGGUGUUAUUGGAUCAUUUAUUGAGAGGUUUGGGAGAACAAAGGCGCAGUCUUUGAUCAGGGCUGGCACUGGAAUGAGUAAGCAAUCUAUUAGCUCUUCUGAAUUUAUCUAAUAGUGAUUAGCUUUCCAAGAUUUUAAAGGAGACUUUUGUGGAAGAUCCAAAAAGAUUCCGGACGCCUAUGUUAUGCAGCCUGGUGCUGCUUUCCCCACUGUGGUAUGUGAAGCCGGAAUGAGCGAGACACAUCUGCAGUUGAUGGAUGAUGCGAGGUUAUGGCUACUCCAUACCGAGGGCCAAACAAAGAUUGUAAUUGUCGUUGAAUUUACGGAGAGUUUUGAUGGGCUUUCGGAGGAGGUGGGGGAGAAGAAACCGAGGGUUGGAGAUGAGAAGCCUGAGAUAGAGGACAAUAGACCAGGGAUGGAGGGUGACAAGCCGGGGAUGGAGGGUCACAAGCUGGGGAUGGAGGGUGAUAAGCCGGGGAUGGAGAAUAAUGGGACGGAGGUGGAGAGCCAAGGGCUAGGAGUUGAAAAUGAUGGGCCGCAGGUGGAAAAUUGUGUGUUGGAAGUGAGUGCUGAGGACAACUUGAGCACAAGUGAAGAAGAGAUGGUGGUAGAAAGUAUUGAUAGUACCACAGGAUAUCACGAUUUGUCUACGAAGCUAUUGGACUUGCAUCGACGUGGAAAACUCAAGGAACCAUUAUUGGGCACCCUAGGGGCAAUGGUGUAUCUUUAUCAGGCAAGCGAAGACGGAAAAGAUAUCGUGGAAUCAUUUAAGGCCACUCUGCUUCCACGACCUAAGAAUGAGAAGGAAGGACUCCAGCCUAUAGGAUUUGGGGUGACACUAGGGGAUCUCUUGGGAGGCGGUGUUCCGGAAGGCCAUAGUUCUGUGGAUGAGAUCGAGUUCAGUUUGGAGAGGCUGGCGGAAUUUGUGAAUACUGCAAUACCGCUAACAGAGAAGUACAGAGCCAGCUCUCGUGCAGUUAAGCUUCUGUGUGAAGCGGGGGAAUGGGAAGAGAGAGAAACAUAUGCCCAAGGCAAAAGAAGGAGACUGAAUCAGGCAUUAGAUUAAAAGAAGAAGAUGGGCAAGGCCCGCAUGCAGUGAGCAUAAAACUGCUACUAUGUUUAUUUUUCCUUUGUCUUUAACUUAUUUAUUAUUGUUGGGCUAAGGGUUCAUCCUCUCUCUUCCAUGACAGGGGUUGCACGGCAAGGGAUAUGAACUCGGAAUUAUACGUGUCUAGGAAGAGUGCGAUGGGUUCGUCGUCGAUGAGGAGACGGGGGUUGGUCUUGUUGCGGAGGAAUUCUAGGGAAUCGCACGGAUAGUUUUUUCGUUUUACUACAUAACCGCACCGGAGUUACUUUAGUAUAAUCCGGAUGUAAAAGAAUAGAGGAGUGGGCAUACACUUGG